UCCACUAUUGAGUCUGGCAACCCUACAUGCACAACUCAGCAUCCUCCGUUUGGACAAGCAAGACUCAUUAUACUUCCAAGAACUCAUUCUAGCCAGACAAAAACACUCAAGAAAGAGCAGGAUCAGCCCCUUGACCUAAGGUUUCUGGGCAUUGUACCCAGCUGGCUGAAUGAUCCUUUUACUCCAAAAGUCGUUCAUCUGCACUAUUACGUGCUAUUAAGAACUGUAUGUUAAAACAGUUUACAUUGGAUGAUUAAUCUCAUUUUUUUUUUGACAUUUGCAGAAAUACAUUUGAUACUUGAGCUUAACUUCUAUAAAGCGCAGUUACUUGUAUUAGUAAAUAUAAUUCCAACAUUUGAUACUUUACAGAUUACAUUCUAGAAUAGGGACAACGCCCAUAAUCCCCAAUCAUUGGUUUACUUACUUAGCAGCUGUGGCCUUUUCUCCCUCCUUUCCCUAUUUCCUCUAUUAGUUGCUUUCAUUUUCAGUUCAAAAGAUCACCAUUACAUUGCUGAUGUGAUUCUCCUUAGGAUGCAAGAUUUGUAACAGAAUUUCCGAUAGAUAGGGAGAAAUGGAACAUUUGUGGAAACACAUUUUUCAAAAUGGCUCCUGCAGUUUUGAGCAGACUCCUCCUGAAUCCCUGAGAGGCAACAGAGGCUCCUUUAUGGUGUGGGGUUUCAGGUCUGAAAAGUGCCCUGCCACCUGGCACUGGAGUCCUCGUAGCUGUGAUAAGGACAAAACAGCUUCACCGCAGCAGGAAGAGGAGCAGCGGUGGCAGGAUCAAGUCGACUCUUGUAAUGCCUGCCUUCCGCUUAUCAUUGAGCUAGAAAGACAUGAGUUCAAAAGUCAGAGGAGACUUGUCAGAAUGCGGCAUCACAGAACUCCUUGUUUCAUCUUGACUUUCCUGCUCUCCUCGAAGUGCACUGUGACAAGGAGACGUCAAGGACAGUGUCGAGGGAGCUGCGUAUAAACCAGGCAAGGCCAUGGGCUUGAGCUAUGCCAGCCUUCACGUCUCCUACAAGCUCAAGCUGCUCAUGCUAUUCACCUUGUGUGUCUUAUUGGUGGGCUGGGCCACUUCCACUUACCUAGUGGAUGCUGUGCACGAAACUCCAAGAGCAAAAAGCAUCGUGGGGAGUUUCCGAAAACCAACCACUAUCACAGAGGAGCGAACGGAAAAUCCAAACAAGAACACCAUGCCUACUGUGAAACUGCCCAUAAUGAAGCCCCUGUGUCCCUCUCUGUCUCCGUAUCUGCGAGGCCCUAGCAAGCUUUUCUUUAAGGCAUCUCUCACCCUGGAGGAGGUGCAGAAAGAGAAUCCUCAAGUGUCAAAGGGGCGCCAUCGCCCAGAAGGCUGCUCAGCUCAGCAACGUGUCGCAAUAUUGAUUCCACAUCGCAACCGAGAGAAGCACCUGUUGUACCUGCUGGAGCACCUUCACCCAUUUCUGCAGCGGCAGCAGCUGGACUAUGGCAUUUAUAUCAUCCACCAGGCUGGCAGUGCCACGUUUAACAGAGCAAAACUGCUGAAUGUGGGGUACUUGGAGGCCCUGAAGGAAGAGAACUGGGAUUGUUUCAUAUUCCAUGACGUGGACUUGGUACCAGAGAAUGACUUCAACAUUUACAUGUGUGGCAGUCAGCCAAAGCACUUGGUGGUGGGUAGAAACAGUACAGGCUACAGGUUGCGUUACCAAGGAUACUUUGGAGGCGUAACUGCUCUAACAAGAGAGCAAUUUUCCAAGGUGAAUGGAUUUUCUAACAACUACUGGGGCUGGGGAGCAGAGGAUGAUGACCUCCGCAUCAGAGUUGAAAUGCAGAAGAUGAAGGUUAUCCGGCCUUCUCCUCAUGUGGCCAAAUACACGAUGAUCUUCCACACAAGAGACCGAGGCAAUGAAGCAAAUCGACAGAGAAUGAAACUCUUGCGUCAGGUACCUCAAGUGUGGAAAACAGACGGGCUGAACUCCUGCUCUUACAAGCUGCUCUCCGUGGAACACAACCCUUUGUACACCAACAUCACAGUGGACUUUGGCAGGCCGACCAAGAUUUCAUAACCAUCUCUUGUGCCUAAUGAACUGUAUGGGUAACGGAAGACAACUUCCAGGACCGACAACAAGCACCUACCUUUUUGUUGGUGGUUUCAACUGAAUCAAGUACAUUACAGGGGGAAGAAUAGGGUUCCCCCCGCACCCGAUCUCUAGUAGCUUUGUUAGAUGUUUCUUCCUGGACUUCAGGACAGUACUGGCCAGUUGGCGACUGCAGUUAACUUGAAUAACUCUAUGAUCAUGGUUUUUUCUUUGAUUAAAAAUAUUAAUUCCUUCCUCUGGAGGGAAUUGACUUCCACUGCCUGAAAGCUAUCUGUUUUGAUAGCUGAUGUUGAAUCUCCACCAUUUUAAAGUGGAAACAGGGAUAUAAGGACAAUACUGCCAUGCUUUUUCCAAGGUGCAAAGAUAAAGGGCUUCUUUACCCAAUGGACAAUUCUUUUUAAAAUAGAAUAGCCAUGUUGGAAAUGGCUUUUUCUUCAGCCAGUUGAACAAGCAUUCAUCAUAACCUCUUGAGGUAAAGGUAUUUGAUGCCAUUGUGUUAAGAAUACCCACAGUGAGAAUGAGGGAGAUUUGAAAACUCUGAAUAAAAUAUGGAGCAUAUUGAAAAGCA